AUGCUCUCUGUCAUGCUUCACUCCACCAAGAGCCACAACUGCCUGACUCCCGCUGCAGCGACAAUGGCAGGUAGCGAGCUUGUGCUUUUCGAACCUAGCGUCUACUGUCUUGCAACUACUCGUAAAGGAGCUCAGUGCAAGAACCUUGUUAAGGAAAUAGACCGAAUCUCUGCAACGAGACUCAUACACAACUCAUACGGCGGCUUCGAAAAUAAUGCUCUUGACGACGACGUGCAACCCGGUAUCAUCUUCGGUGAUGGCUCGAGGAAUAGCUGGGAAAAUGCGGCGGAUUUCCGUGUAUAUGUCUUUGACGGCAGCGAGGCUCCCUUCUGUCGAGGCAUCUUCGAGAUUCGUACACAGUGGCUCGGGAAGUAG